AAUCAAGAUGGAAAUAAAUUUGCAGAUUUAGUUCUUCAGAAACCUUUCGAUUGUGUGCAAAUAUUAAUAAACAUUACUGAUGCCAAAGACAAUCCCCCUAUUUUUACUCAAAAGGUCUAUAGAAUCAAUCUGACAGAAAAUGCUCCUAUUGGAACCACUAUGCUCCAGACCUCUGUUUCUGAUGAUGAUGAAGGCAUAAAUGCUCAAAUCAGAUAUCAUUUCAACAACAUACCAACAAAUUUCAGGGAAUUGCAGCUACAGGUGAAGGCCCAAGAUGGCGGGAGUCCCCCUCUCAGCAGCAAGGUCAUAGUCAGGGUGUUUAUCCUGGAUCGGAAUGACAAUAGCCCCCAGAUCUUGUCCCCUUCACCAGACUCUGAGGACUCUGCCCUCUUUGAGAUGGUCCCUCGUUCAGCCGAGGCAGAUUAUCUGGUAACAAAGGUGGUGGCUGUGGAUGCUGAUUCUGUACACAAUGCCUGGCUUUCCUGCCAGCUGAUUCAAGCCACAGAACCGGCCCUCUUCACUAUUGGCUCCCAUACUGAUUACAUAAAUUCCCACAUUAAGUCAAUGGAUAUUCCUGAAGAAGGAACAUUACCCUCCUCUGCAGUUUCACUAAGACAGAUGGACACAAAGAACAGAAAGAAUGGCAAAGCAUUCACAAGGCAAGUACUGUUUAUCUCACUAUUCUGUUUCUCCCACUGGGCUGUCUCAAAGCACAUUGGCUAUUCAGUACCAGAAGAGAUGGCAAAAGGUUUUGUUGUGGGGAAUCUUGCAAAGGAUGUGGGAUUGAACAUAAGGGAAGUGGAAAAACAUAAUUUACAUCUAGUGUCUAUUGCUAAAAUACACUACUUCAGCAUCAAUGCAGAGAAUGGAAACCUCUAUGUAAAUGAAAGGAUAGAUCGAGAAGUAAUAUGUGGGAAGGCUCCACUCUGUCUUCUUAGUUUUGAAGUUGUGGUUGAAGAUCCUUUGAAUGUUUUUCAUAUAACUGUGUCAGUUGACGACAUUAAUGAUAAUGCACCAUAUUUCUUGGACAACAACUUCAACUUAGAAAUAAGUGAAACCACUUUAUCUGGAACUCGAUUUCUCCUUGCAAAAGCUGAAGAUCCUGACAUUGGAAAGAAUGCCCUCCAAAACUAUGAGCUUAGCUCCAAUCUUUGUUGUAAUUUGGAGACUGGAGAGAGAAAAGAUGGAAAUAAAUAUACAGAACUAGUGAUUAAUAAUCCAUUGGAUCGUGAAAGUGAACCAUAUCUACAUUUGAUCCUUACAGCCAUGGAUGGGGGUGAACCAAGAAAAACUGGGACUGCCCAUAUAUGGAUUAAUGUUACUGAUGCCAAUGACAACCCACCCAUUUUCACUCAAGAAAUCUAUAAGGUCAAAUUGGAGGAGAAUCUUCCAGUAGGGUCUCCUGUGCUCCAGGUUAUUGCUUCUGAUAAAGAUGAUGGGACAAAUGCCCAAAUCAGAUAUCAUUUUGGCAAUAUGCCUGGAAAUAACCACCCCAUAUUUCAUUUGAAUCCAAGCAAUGGAAAAAUCAUGCUUAUGGCCCCCUUGGACUUUGAGGAAACUGCAGAAUAUACAAUAACAGUAGUAGCAAAAGAUGGCGGUGGCUUAGAAGCAAACAGUAUUAUUGAAAUAAUAAUAUGUGAUGAGAAUGAUAAUGCACCAGAGAUAAACCUCGUCUCCUUAUUUAAUUCACUCUCUGAAGAUACUUCACCUGAAACAUUAAUUGCUUUAAUAAGUGCAAAUGACAAAGAUGCUAAUGAUAAUGGAAAAGUUACAUGUCAUUUAGAAAAUGAUAUUCCUUUCAAGAUCCUGUCUUUUUCUAAUAAUUACUACAAGCUCAUGACAGACAGACCUCUAGAUAGAGAAACAAUUUCUAAAUAUAAUAUUACAAUCAUAGCUAUUGACAAAGGAAUCCCUCCACUGAGCACAAAUAAAACCAUCUUGCUGCAGAUCUCUGAUAUCAAUGACAAUGCUCCUGCUUUUGAAAAAGCUUCCUACAGCAUCUAUGUGCGGGAGAACAAUCCUUCUGGUGCCUCCAUCUUCCAGAUUCAAGCCUUUGAUCCGGAUGUGGACCAAAACUCACACAUCACAUAUUCAAUCCUCACCAGCAACAUUGAAGAACUUCCCAUCUCCUACUAUAUCUCCAUUCACUCUGAGAGCGGCAUCAUCUACGCCCAGAGAUCCUUUGACUAUGAGCAGUUCAGGGAAUUCCAGCUGCAAGUGAAGGCCCAAGAUGGCGGGAGUCCCCCUCUCAGCAGCAACGUCACAGUCAAGGUGUUUAUCCUGGAUCAAAAUGACAACAGCCCACAGAUCCUGUCCCCUUCACCAGACACCAAGGACUCUGCCCUCUUUGAGAUGGUCCCUCGUUCAGCUGAGGCAGAUUAUCUGGUAACAAAGGUGGUGGCUAACAAAGACAGUGGAAGGGCAGCCAGAAGGCAAGUAUUGCUUCUCUUAUUAUUAUCAUGUUCCUGCUGUAUUGCUUCAGAAGAAAUUGGCUUUUCAAUACCUGAAGAGAUGGCUAAAGGAUCUGUAGUAGGGAAUCUUCUUAAGGAUCUGGGACUGAAUAUCCAAGAGCUAUCUAGGAGAAAUUUGAAUGCUGUCUCUGUAGGUCAGAUGCAUUAUUUCAGUAUCAAUGCCAAAAAUGGAAACCUCUAUGUGAAUGACAGGAUUGAUAGGGAAGAACUAUGUGACGAAUUUCUUCUUUGUCUUGUCAAUAUGGAUGUAGUACUUGAAAACCCUCUGAAUGUUUUCCAUAUAUCAGUGACAAUCCAGGAUAUUAAUGAUAAUGCACCCAAAUUCCACAAUAGCAAUAUCAGCUUGGAAACAAGUGAACAAAUUUUGCCAGGUACAAGAUUUCAGGUAGGGAAAGCAGAAGAUCCAGAUGUUGGCCUCAAUUCUGUCCAAAAUUACAUACUGAGUCCAAAUAAACAUUUUACACUAGAAGUUAGAGAAAGAAAAGAUGGAGUUAAAUAUGCAGAACUGGUGCUGCAGAAACCCCUCGAUCGGGAAAGCGAACAGACCCUUCACUUGAUCCUUACAGCCCUAGAUGGGGGUGAACCAAGGAAAACUGGAACUGCCCAUAUAUGGAUUAAUGUCACUGAUGCCAAUGACAACCCGCCCAUUUUCACUCAAGAUAUAUAUGCAGUUAAUUUGAAAGAAAGUGUUCCAAUUGGAUCCCUUGUGAUUCAGGUGGAAGCCUCUGAUAAAGAUGAAGGGACAAAUGCCCAAAUCACAUAUCAUUUCACCAACUUACCAGCAGCUGCAAAGGACAAAUUCAGCCUGGAUUCUGCUAAAGGAACUGUCAUUCUUAAGGCCCUAUUGGAUUUUGAGGAAAUAAAACAAUAUACAAUGACAGUUGCAGCAAAAGACGGGGGUGGAUUAAUAGCACACUCCAAUAUUGAAAUAAGUGUUCUAGAUGAGAAUGAUAAUCCCCCAGAGACAACUCUAACCUCUGUGUUCAGUCCAAUUCCUGAAGAUUCACUUCCUGGAAUUCUGAUUGCUCUCCUCAGUGUAAAUGACAAGGAUGCAGGUGAUAAUGGAGAGACUACUUGCUAUUUGCAAAAUGAUUUGCCAUUUAAGUUACUUCCAUCAUCUAAAAAUUAUUACAAGCUCAUGACAGACAAACCUCUGGACAGAGAAAAAGCAUCUCAGUAUAAUGUUACAAUCAUAGCCAUUGACAAGGGAAGCCCUCCACUGAGCGCAAAUAAAACCAUCUUGCUGCAGAUCUCUGAUAUCAAUGACAAUGCUCCUGCUUUUGAAAAACCUUCUUACAGCAUCUAUGUGCCAGAGAACAAUCCUUCUGGUGCCUCCAUCUUCCAGAUGCAGGCUUUUGAUCCGGAUGUAAAUCAAAACUCACUCAUCGCAUAUUCAAUCCUCACCAGCAACAUUGAAGAACUUCCCAUCUCCUCCUAUAUUUCCAUUCAUUCUGAGACCGGCAUCAUCUACGCCCAGCGAUCCUUUGACUAUGAGCAGUUCAGGGAAUUCCAGCUGCAGGUGAAGGCCAAAGAUGAAUCUAGAAAGAAUGAAUUUACCUUCCUGGCACCAAACAUUCAUAUUGCAGAGAAUGUGCUUUGUGGUGAAAAAAGUGAGGUGCCUCUUUCAAGCAAUGGAGGAAGCAGUUUGCAUCCUAAGAUAGAAAAUAGUGAAAAGCCCAUUGACAGUACACUGAUUCAAAAAUUGUUGCCCUAUGAUGUAUCAGUUUGA